AUGGAAUUUCAAGUCAUCCUUUACUUGGCUGGUGUCCUCAGUUUUUGCUCUUGUGUUCCUGUCUACCAGCCUCAAAUCGGAAUAUUCGCAAGUAACAGUAAUGAGAUUUUGCGUCUCAAUGGACUCAACGGACUCACUCUGGCAACUCUUGGUUUGGGUCAAGCACAGGGUCCAUCAUUUUUCUCUCCCUUCAUGAUCCAACCGCAGCUGCCGCAGGUUCUCAACUUUAACCCCUCAGUGCCUGGUCCCUUCUUACCCCCACAAAUCAACCAGCUGAAUCCAGCCCAGCUGCCUCCGUUACGACAGGAGCAGCCUGUAAACCGCCUCGGUCCCAAUAACGCCAUACCAGCACAGAAUCCCGCACAGGCCUUUCCAUACUUCCUGAAUAAUUUUUAUCCUUUGAGAAAUACUCCGAUAUGGCUGCCACCCAACCAGAUCCCUGGUCCAAAUAUUCAACAGCAGGCUGUCAAUCAACCAAUACAACCAGUUCAGGUACUGUGAAGACUUCGAAUCAAAAGCCUGAAUACUGAUCAAAAUAUCACCUUUUCUCUGUUGCAAUUUUAUUUCAUUUCUCAGAACGGAGGAAAUGCAGCAGACCCGAGUGCAACCGCUGCUCCGGAUUAUCGAGGUGAUCGGCCUGGUCCUGGAACUGUAGAGGUAAUUCUCAUGUAA